UAUGAUAAAGUUAAAUUUAAAAACAAAUAAUAGAAAGAAAAAAUAUAUAUAUAUUUUCUGGUAAUUCAGAAUCGUUGAAUACAAAUCGAGAAAGAAAUCCUCUUCUUCUUCUUCAUCGAUUCAGUCUUUGAUAGGUCAAAUCCAAAUCAAAAUCCAAAUCAAAUUCACAAUUUUGAUUAUAUAAUCAACAACGAUCCAAUCAAUCCCCAAAUUCUUCUCUUCAGAAAAAAAAAUGUCGGAGAUGGCCAACACAGAUCCCGAGGGUAUCGACGGAGUACGGAUGACCUGGAACGCAUGGCCACGAACCAAGGUUGAAGCAAGCAAGUGCGUGAUUCCACUCGCGGCUUGCAUCUCUCCGAUCCGACCUCAUCCUGACAUUCCUUCUCUUCCUUAUACUCCUCUCCGUUGUAAGACUUGUGCUUCGGUUCUUAACCCUUACGCUCGUGUUGAUUUCACUGCUAAGAUCUGGAUCUGUCCUUUUUGUUUUCAGAGGAAUCAUUUUCCUCCUCAUUAUGGUAUGAUCUCUGAUAUUAAUUUGCCUGGUGAGCUUUAUCCUCAAUACACUACGGUUCAGUAUGUUCUUCCUGAAUCUGCUAACCCUAAUGAUGUUGUUAGUGGUGGUGUUUCGCAAUCGAAUUUACCUCCGCCUGUGUUUUUAUUCGUUUUGGAUACUUGUAUGAUUGAGGAGGAGAUGGGGUUUGUUAAAUCUUCAUUGUUAAGGGCCAUUGGACUUUUGCCGGAGAAUGCACUUGUUGGAUUUGUAUCGUUUGGUACUCAAGUUCAGGUUCAUGAAUUGGGUUUCAGUGAUAUGUCUAAGGUCUAUGUGUUUAGAGGUAAUAAGGAGAUUCCAAAAGAACAGGUUUUGGAACAAUUGGGUCUUGGGAUUCCCGGUAGGAGACCUGUAGGGGCCACCGCCGGUGGCUAUCAGCCGAAACCUGUUCAAAACGGGUUCCCUGGUUCCGGUAUUGAUCGGUUUUUGUUGCCUGCUUCUGAUUGCGAAUAUACACUCAAUUCGGUAUUGGACGAGUUGCAAACGGAUCAGUGGCCUGUGCCACCUGGUAGCAGGGCAUCGCGGUGCACUGGGGUGGCGUUGAGUGUUGCAGCAGGAUUGCUUGGAGCUUGUUUGCCUGGUACUGGAGCUCGCAUUGUUGCUUUGGUUGGAGGUCCAUGCACGGAAGGGCCUGGAUCGAUUGUAUCAAAGGAUUUGUCUGAUCCAGUUCGCUCCCAUAAAGAUCUGGACAAAGAUGCUGCACCAUAUUUUAAGAAAGCAGUCAAAUUUUAUGAAGGUCUUGGAAAGCAGCUUGUUAGCCAGGGUCAUGUUUUAGAUGUGUUCGCAUCUGCCCUUGAUCAGGUUGGUGUUGCAGAAAUGAAGGUUGCAAUUGAGAAAACUGGUGGUCUUGUUGUUCUAUCUGAAAGUUUUGGUCACUCUGUAUUUAAAGAUUCAUUUAAGCGCAUUUUUGAAGGAGGAGAACAAUCUCUUGGCCUUUGUUUCAAUGGUACACUCCAGAUAAACUGUUCGAAGGACAUCAAAAUUCAGGGAAUAAUUGGUCCCGUCACUUCUUUAGAGAAGAAAGGGCCUUCUGUUGCUGAUACCACAAUUGGUGAAGGAAAUACAACCGAAUGGAAGAUGUGCGGUCUUGACAAGAGUACUUGCUUGACAGUGUUCUUUGAUUUGUCAUCAAGUGAUCGGUCAAAUACACCGGGAGCUGUAAAUCCACAGCUGUAUUUGCAAUUUCUCACCAGGUAUCAAAACACAGACGGUCAAAUGAUGCUUCGAGUUACCACUGUUUCUAGGGCAUGGAUAGAUACUGCCAUAAGCUCAGAGGAACUGGUGCAAGGAUUUGAUCAAGAGACAGCUGCUGUAGUAAUGGCUAGAAAGACAUCUUUAAAGAUGGAGACAGAGGAAUCAUUUGAUGCUACAAGAUGGUUGGAUAGGUCUUUGAUUCGUCUGUGUUCCAAAUUUGGCGAAUACCGAAAGGAUGACCCUUCCUCCUUUAUGUUAAAUCCAUGCUUUUCAUUGUUCCCUCAAUUCAUGUUUAAUCUACGGCGGUCACAAUUUGUGCAGGUGUUCAACAACAGUCCUGAUGAGACUGCCUAUUUCCGUAUGUUACUCAAUCGUGAGAAUAUUACCAAUGCUGCUGUCAUGAUUCAACCAUCACUAAUGUCGUAUUCAUUCAAUUCACCACCUAGACCCGUUUUGCUAGAUGUAGCAUCUAUUGCUGCCGAUCAAAUUCUUUUGUUAGAUUCAUAUUUUAGUGUUGUCAUUUUCCACGGAAUGACCAUUGCUCAGUGGCGUAAUAUGGGAUACCAUACUCAGCCAGAGCACCAGGCAUUUGCAGAAUUGUUGCGAGCUCCUCAUGCUGAUGCCGAUAUGAUCAUCCAUGAACGUUUUCCUGUCCCAAGAUUGGUGGUAUGCGAUCAACAUGGUUCCCAGGCACGUUUCUUAUUAGCGAAACUGAACCCGUCAGCUACCUAUAAUAACGCCAACGAAAUGGCUGCUGGGUCGGAUGUAAUCUUUACCGAUGACGUGAGUCUACAAGUUUUCUUUGAACAUUUGCAGAGACUGGCCGUGCAAUCCUAAGAGCAAAGAAAAGAAAAAACAAAGAAAAGAAGAGUAAAAGUACUCCACGAAAAAACUGCUCCGGUUUUCGGUGUGGGGGAAAUUCCUCUGGUUUUUUCCUAUCCUCAUGUCAUUCCAUUCCAUCCAAUUUAUUAUUAAAAAAAAAAAAAAAAAACCUUUCUUUCUUUCCAUUGUAUUUAAAGAUGAAGAGUUACUCAGACCAGAGACCCCACAUUGAUUUAUCAAUAAAGAAAGAACAAAAAAAAAAGCACAUUCUUUGGGGGGGUUGCUGGUGAAGGUAAUUUCUUUUACUUCCAUUAUAGAAUAACUAGCAAAGGUUAGUUCUUUUUUUUUUUUUUAAUUCAUAUGGAAAGAAAGUCAUGAAUGAGGGUAAGGAAAAGGAAGGAAGUUGAGUCUGAAAUUUUCUCUUCCUUUUCUUAUUUUCGGUUUUUCGGGUUAACUGGUUUGGAAAGUAAGUUUCUGUCUGCAUGAAUUUUUUUUAAGUUAUAUGCUGUGAGAUGAGGGGUACAUUACAUGUUAGUAGGGUUGUUUUGUAUUUUCAGACUUUGUUUUUAGCUCAAUAUGACUUAAUUGUUCAUCAAUUUAGGUUAUGUUUUUUGUUUUAUGAAAGAGAGUGCAUUUUUUUUUGGAAAUUUGAUGUAGCUUAAAACUUAAAAAGCCUAUGCCUUGUUGGCCUGUUAUAUGGAUUUUGGUUUAUCAGAUGUUUAA